AUCGUAUAUCGCGAAAGAUAGCAAUUUUUAUUGUUAUCAAUCACAUAAUGGUUAUUAAAACAUGUUAUAUUAUUAAUCUGUAGUCAUUGCGUGGUGCGGUUUGUGCUGUGUUCCAUUUUAUAUACUUGGGGCGUCCGCACGUGCCAACCUAAGACGUCGUGACGUCACAUAUGGCAGAUAGGAAUUACGCUUACGAUCCGGUCGACACCGGCACGCCAGUCAACCAACAAACGUUCAGAAUGGAGGGCGGGCAGCUCUGGCGGCAAUACAUCAUCGCCGGCGUCGCGAACAUCGCGAUCGCAUCCACUGGUUACUCUAUGGGAUGGACUGCGCCUAUCAACACUAAGCUUAAAAACGAGACUGAAUCCCCAUUAGGAAGACCCGCUACAUCGGGCGAGCUGGCAUGGAUGGGCUCACUUCUAAACAUUGGUGCUAUUCUUGGACCAUUCAUCGGAGGUUUCGCAGCAUCGAAAAUUGGCAGAAAAUGGGGACUUAUGAGUUCAGUAAUCCCUCUACUCAUCGGGUGGAUUCUGGCAGCAGUCGCGAGCAGCAUGGCUAUAUUAUACGCUGCCAGAAUAUUCUGGGGUGUUGCUGUGGGCAUGCUCUUCACUAUAUCCCCUAUGUACUGCGCUGAAAUUGCUACGGACGACUCCAGAGGAGCUCUCGGUUCGUUUCUCCAAAUGUUCAUCACGAUUGGAUUCCUGCUGGUGUACGGAAUUGGUCCCGUCAGCAGCUACGGCGCGGUGGCUUACGUCGGCAUAGCUUUUGUAGUUGUUUUCGCCGUGGGCUUCUUCUUCAUGCCCGAGACACCUACCUACCAUCUACUGAAGGAGGACAGGGAAGCGGCAGCUAAUUGCCUCAGUAUUAUUAGAGGGAAGUCUCGCGCAGGAGUCGAAGCGGAAUUGAGUAUCAUUGCAGCUGACGUAUCCGCUUCCAUGGAAAAGACUGCUACGGUGGCGGACGUAUUCCGAGGGAGCAACUUCAAGGCGUUCUACAUCUCCUGCGCGCUGGUGUUCUUCCAACAGUUCAGUGGCAUCAAUGCUGUGCUCUUCUACAUGACAGAUAUAUUCAAGGCUUCUGGCACUGAUAUGAAUCCCGACGAUGCCACAACCAUCAUUGGAGCUGUGCAGUUGGUGGCGUCAUUCAUCACGCCCUUCGUGGUAGAUAGACUUGGUCGCAGACUGCUUCUGCUGGUAUCUUCUUGCGGUACUGCUAUUGGACUUGGCCUUCUCGGCAUGUUUUUCCUGCUUUCCGCGAAUGGGAGUUCCGUCGUGAGCAGCAUCAGCUUUUUGCCGGUGCUGGCAUUGGUGCUGUUCAUCGUCACCUAUUGCUGGGGUCUAGGACCAUUGCCGUGGGCGGUGAUGAGCGAACUGUUCCCAAUUGAGGUGAAGGCAGUCGCUUCGCCCAUCGCUACUGCCUUCUGCUGGAUUCUUUCGUUCCUCGUUACCAAGUUCUUCCCUUCGAUAUCUGAUUCUAUCGGAAUGUAUGUUGGUUUCUUCAUCUUUGGGGCUUGCUGCGUGUUAGCAUUCUUCUUCACGCUGUUCCUGGUACCAGAAACAAAGGGCAAGAGCUUCCAGGAGAUCCAGGAGAUGCUGGGAGGCGGAAACAAAAAAUCAGAAAAAGCUUAACUUCGUUCCAGUGAAAAACAAACAAAAAAUAGUAAAUUCAAACAUUAAUCUUAAACUAAAGAGAUGUGCUGAACGGGACCAACUUUAUUUUAAUAAUUUUAGACAAAACGUUGCCUCGCAUCAUAAUUUGUUUUUAUUUUUAUUUUAUGUUUCAUUAUAAAGUUUAUUUUGUGUUACUCUAUUCUAUAAUAUUGUAAGUAAAAACGAAUGGAUAAUAUUAUAUUUAGACCAAGCAAUAAAAAGAGGGUUCCUAAAAAAGUAUAAUGAUUGAGUGGAAUUUGUUAGGGAUAGUAUAAAUCUAAAAUUUCGCCAUUUUGGAAAAAAAUGCUGUUUUUUGACCUCAAAAUAUUUGGCAUUAAUUUAAUAGAGCAUCUGUAUAUAUCUCGAAAAAAAUUAACGAUACAGAAAGGGUAGUUGUUUUAAUACAAAAUAUUGCUUAUUAUGAUUUACAAAGAAACGGUUCCUAUUAUUUAUAUAAGUUUUUGAAAUAGUGCUUUUUUCAAGAUGGCGGCUAACGCUCAGCUUUUGAUACAAAAACAUCAGUUCAAACUUAGGGACUACCACUAUUAUAUUAGGGUUAAAAAUCACAAUAUUAACAUUGUUAAAACAAAACAACUUUUAGUAAGUUUAUCAUAUAUUAGUCUUAUUUGGAUUUCAUUUUGCGCAUAGCGAUAUAUCAUGUUUAAUUUCAAAAUAAAACAUUCCCAUUUAGAACUUAUUAAGUUGUCGGUAAUAUAUAUAUAUAAUAUAAUAUAAUUAUUUCUAAGGCGAGCAUUUUGCAGAAAUGGUACAAAAAUGAAUAUUAUUUUAUUUUAGCCUUUCUUCCAAUAUGGGUAUAUUGGAAGAAAGGCGUUUAGGUGAUUCAAAUUACACUACUGAAACAACUUCCCAACUCAGUUCAAAUGGUAAACACCGACAGGGACACGAGUCUUGACAAAAUGGCACCGACUCUAUCAAAAAACAUUUGGUCUUGCUUUAUACUUUUAGUACAUUUGAUUAUUAUUAGUACAUGAUUUAUGACCUUAACUUAGUGCCUUACUAAAUUUAGGCUUAGUAGUGAUGUUGCUUUGUCACUCACAAAACUGUCUCUUUCACACACCAACGCCGCACUAUUUUUUGUUCGCUUGACGGAAAUUAAAAUAGCUGUUUAUUUUUGUAUAAAUUAUUUAUAAAUUGGGAAAUAUUAUUAAGGAUAUUGAGUAUAUUAGUAUUAUUCUGUAUACUAUGUUUAUAUCGAUGUUUUAAAAUUAAGCGAUAAAAUUCGAAUGGUCAGACUACCGAAUUUCAACUUGUAUGUGUACACUAAAAAUGGCUAAUUCGUUAUUAUAUAUAAAAAAUGUUUCUAACAUUUUACAAUUGAGGCAGAUACAUGAAAAAGCUUUAGUUAAUUUGACGUUUUUAUUUAUUUGUUUUAAAUAAAUUCCCUUUGAGUAUAAUAUAGGAUACAUUGUUAUUUUAUUAAUAAGAGAAGGAAACACCAAAGUUUUGCAGUUUUGCGCAACGCAUCCCUGUGUGUGGAUACUGUGUUGUGAUAAUAUUGAAUAACGAAUUUUAUUGUUACAUAUUUGUACAUAUAUUUUUUAAUUGAAAUUGUGAUAUUGUUUACAAAUAAAUUUUCGUAAUUA